AUGAAGUCUAUCAUGAACCUCGUUACCCUUCUCCUCUCAAUCCUCGCCUUUGGCAUGACUAUCACCGCCAACGAAAUUCACCAGCGGGAAGUCGAAAAGCGCCAAGAAACAUCUUUCAACUCUGCCAGUGCCUCGGGAAGCAUCGCCAGCGGUAUACUUUCCACUGUCAGCAGUGUUCUCAAUGGGGAAUCUGCCACCGCUCCAGCCACCGCUCUUCCAUCGGUCACUGGCCCCGCCGUCUCAGCCGUUUCUUCCUUAAGCAGUGCAGUCGACUCUGCUACUAGCGUUCUAGCCAGUGCUGGUAGUAGUGUUAGCAGUGCCCUCUCAUCAGCAAGCGAACAUGCAAGUAGUGGAGCAAGCAAUGGAGCAAGCUCGGCAACCAGUGCAGCAAGUUCAGCAAGCAGCUCUGCGAGCAGUGGAGCCAGUAGGGUUAGCAGUGCCGCCAGCAGCCGUGCUAGCUCUGCUACAGGUUCAGCAUCGUCGUCUGCAACAACAUCUUCAUCUUCGUCUGGUGCUACUUCCUUGAGUGUGGGUGGAUAUCAAAGCUGCGGUGCUAUUUUCGGCAUUGCUAUGGUCGCCAUGGUCGCUCUUUAA